AUGGGAGAACAGCAGGUGUUGGCAAUUACUCUACAGGCGGCGGGCCCCGAGGACAGCUGCAGGAAUUAUAAUAAUCAGGCUCAGGAUAAAAUGACCAGCCUCCGGGCUAGUACAAUGGAAGGAAACUACUCUCGGCUGCUGUGUGAGAUCAUGUUCGUUCGUUCCAUGGGUUACUACUUGAUUCAGAUCUACAUCCCUUCAUCACUCAUUGUCGUCAUCUCAUGGGUUUCCUUCUGGCUCAACCGAUCCGCUACCCCCGCCCGUGUUUCCCUGGGUGUGACUACUGUGCUGACUAUGACAACGCUAAUGUCCUCUACCAACGCCGCUUUGCCCAAGAUUUCCUACGUCAAGUCCAUCGAUGUUUACCUCGGCACCUGUUUCGUGAUGGUUUUCGCCUCACUCCUUGAGUACGCCGCAGUGGGUUACAUGGGGAAGAGGAUCCAGAUGCGCAAAAACCGAAUUCUAGCCAUCCAGAAGCUGGCAGAGCAACGCAAAACCGCUGCCCACGAUCACUCACACACGUCGCAGGACCACACUGAACACCCCCCGAAGCAGACAGUUACUGUAGUCGUAUAUGGGGCUGUUCAAGAUGCAUUGCACAAAUAUGUCCAUCAUUUCCCAAGGAUCUAUUCCGUCCAUCGAACCUAUAUCUAA